UCGAACACUAUCAAUGAAUAACGAAAUUGAUUGAUUUUCGUUCAUGCAUUGCUCAAGCAUUUUCAGCAAGCGAAAAUACAGAGACUGCUUUGAUUUGAAACAGUUAAAUAAUGAUACUUAGACCAGGCAUCGAGAAAUGCAUUCAUAUGCUCUUCAUAUGCGGGUUUCAAUCAUAGUUCACGCUGAAUAUUUUAACUGAAGAACGUCAUCUGAAUAAAAUAAAUUUCUUUCAGUGAAAAUUUUGAUUCUAUAUAAACGGUGUUAUAUUCGAAGAUGCUUGAGCCUGUCGAAAAAAUGUGCACAUUGGAUGAAACUUCAACGGCUUUACCUGUUUCAAAUAGAGGACAGAAACGAAAUAAGGAGAAAACAACUUUGGCCGGAAUUGCACUUAGGUUCAUUGGCCACACAAAUGGUAAAGCUUCAUGUUGUAUUGACGCCGGAAGUGACUGUCAGUAUGCGCAGGAAAAAAUUGACAUCCAGAACUUCAUCCGUCAUUUCCGAACCCGACACUUUGAAUUCGCAAAGACAAACGGAUUAAUUAGAGAUCAAGAGGUGUCAAUGAAGAAACAGAGAGUUAUUGCUAAGCGAAUGGUGGCUAUCGACAAGCAGCUUUUGAUGGAUUCAUUGUUGAAAAUGAUUACAUUUCACAAUCUUCCGCUGCGAUGUUUCCAAUGGGAUGGUUUCAAGCAAAUAAUUGAUCCAUUGGCGUCUGCUGUUGGUGUUACCAUAAAUACUGGCAACAUGAUAGCUUUUCUAAAAGAAAUUUCACAAAGAAUUCGCGCUCAAAUCAGUUCAGAAAUGCAAAACAGAUUACUCAGCCUUAAAAUUGAUUCUGCGUCUCGGCAAAAUCGUCAUAUCGUAGGCGUAAAUGCCCAGUAUGCCAUCAAUGACGUGAUAGUAAUCCGUACCCUGGAUAUGAUAGAAGUUCAAGAACGUCAGACAGCGCGUUUUUUAAAAACUAAAAUUUUGGAGAUAAUUCAAAACUUCGGAGUAGGAAUUGAUCAAAUAUUUUCUAUCACGUGUGAUAAUGGGGCCAACAUGUUGGCAACGGUACGUCACCUGAAGGAAGAAGUAGAACUAAUGACCGCUUGUUCAAAUGAUGAUUACGAUACUGAAGAAGAAGAUAAAAAAUUACAUAACUUCACAUCUGCUUUAAGCAAUGAACUGCAAGAAAAUUUAAAUCUGGUUCGUUGUGCUGUUCAUACCCUACAGUUAGCUAUACUGGAUGUAGUUGACAAAUCGAAUUCUUCAGUGAAAGCAGUUACUGAAAUUGCAAAAAAAAAUAGGCAUAUGAAAUAUAAGCCAAAUUUUUUUUUGUCGAAUGCAACAUAUCCUCCAAUUUGGGGACAGACCCGAUGGGGAGGAAUUUAUAGAAUGAUGCUGAGUUUUCUUCAGCAAGAAAGUUUUUUCAAACAGUUGGCACAACAGUUCCCAGAGUUAGAGCUUGAUGAUUCGUGGGACUUUAUUAAAAAUUACGAGCAAGCUUUCAAGCCUCUAUACUCAUGCACUGUAAAUAUGCAGGCAGAACAUGUUUCAUUACCAGAUUUCUACUUGCACUGGCUCAUGGCUAUAAUGGAAGUAUCGAAACUAAAUAAUCCUUUCUCGACACCAUUGACAGAAGCACUAACGAAUCGGUUGAAAAAUCUAUGCCAUUCACGAGUUUUCAAAAUGGCCCUUUAUUUGGAUCCUCGAUUGAAUUAUAUGGGAUCAAAUUUAUUUAAAGCAGAAGAAAAAGAGCAGAUACAGAGUUACGUGAUUGAAACGUACAACAAGAUUCGUUCGUACAAAAAGAGUACUCCGUUAACAGCUUUGGAGAUAUCAGCGUCCACAAAGAAAGAUGAUUUCGAUUCAUUCAUCACAGCAAUGUUCGGCGAAUGUGCUACCUCCUCGGGAACAACGGAAAGAACACAAUUCUUACAGCAACUCAAAGCUCUUGAUGUAGAACCUAGACAACAUCAUGCAUUCAAUGUGUGGAAGCACUGGAUGGAUAGACAUCUCACACACCCUGAACUCUCUGCCGUAGCCUCGGUUGUUCUAGCUACACCUUCAAACCAAGUGUCAGUGGAAAGGUCAUUUAGCGCAUUGCCGUUGAUCAUGACCGAUCGUCGCUCGGGAAUCAGCGAAGAAAAUUUGAGAAACAUUCUUCUUGUAAAGUUGAACAGAAGUCUUUUUGACACAAUAAUGUCACCCCAGUAAGGAAAAUAAAAUUGUCUCGAAAAGAUAAGCUUUCCGUCAGUUUUCUUCAACUAUUGUCUAAAAAUGAGUGUAUUCCGAAACGCACCUAUGCUUUUUUAUUUCGAUUAUGAAGGUUCAAAUCUUAUACUCAUUUGGUUCUCAAGUAUGGAAAACUUGACCCAUACUCAUCUCGCUAUGCCCAUCCCCAUCUAUUCAAGUUUUUUUUCAGAAUAUUUUUCCAUAAAAAUCAUAAGAAAUUUUCGAUUUUUCA